AUGCUCUUCGGCUUAAACAUUGCUCCAUUCAUUUUCCAAACAUGGCUUGACUCCUACCUCACUUACUUCAAAAAGAACACACCAGAAUGCAACAUGUUAAAGCAUUACCUUGACGAUGUCCUUUGCAAUAGUCCUUCCCAUCACACAAGCUUUUUCUUCAAAAAAACAAAACUUCUUAAACUAUACUCUGAUCACAAAAGUAACUUUAGUCCUACCAAAACAACCGAUCCUUUGAGUAUGUCUAUGUUGCGUUCCACUGUUCUCGCAAAACUAAUUUUGAAGCGGUUGUCUAGAUUGGUCACAUUCUACAUCUUGUUGCACUCACAGCUACAGAUAUUGGUAUUUGUCAAAGCGUAA